CUGGUUGCGAGAGUAUAAAGCUGGUCGCCUCUCUCCUCCUUCCUGCUUUAUACUUUCUACUUGCUACUUCUACUGGCUACUUCCUACCCGCUACUUCCUACCCGCUACACUCUACCCGCUACUCUCUACCCGCUACUCUCUACCCGCUACUCUCUACCCGCUACUCUCUACCCGCUACUUUUUACCUUUCACCUUUACUUUUGACCAACUGUGCUCAGACAUCGCGAUGGAUUCCGCCAACAACAACCGCUCUCUUUGGGAUGAGGAAGAGUUCUCCGGAGAUGUGACGACCAAUUGGAUGAACUUUGACACACUUUUCCCUCCCAACAUCUUUGACACGCCCAUCGAAACGACGCAGCAACAAGCACCACACCCAGCUUAUCCUGCGCCAGUACCGCAGCCAAUUGGGGCACCGUACUUCCCCACACAGAUGCAGCAACAAAUACCAACCCAAGACUCUUCUGUGCAGAUACGACCACAGCAGCAAGCUGGAGCCUCAAACUUUCCUGUGCAGGCACAGCAACAGCGCCGUGUAGGACUGAUGGAUAACCCUACCCAGUCGCAGCAACAGCAGCGACGACAGAAACAACAGCGAAGGGAUCACAAAAAUCAGAGUAGAGCUUCCAAAUCUGCUGUACAAACACAGCAACCAGUACAGCAACAGCCACUUGGAGGAGCUGGGAACAAUUCUACGCGACAAAAGCUACCAGCUGGAUUCGAACACAGUUCUACGCCGAUGCAGCAAUGGCAACCACUGGGAUCUAUAAACGAUCCUAUACAGAUGCGGAUGCAGAUGGAGAUGCAACAACAGCAACCAACUGGAUUGUUCUAUGUGCCUGACCAGGCACAGGCACAGUACCCAUCAGGACUUCUGGGCAAUCCCAUGCAAAUGCAGCAACAAAUACCCGUGGGAUUUGGAUUCGAUCCCAGCCAGCCACAGCAACCAGCGGUGUUCACCAAUAGUCACUUCCACAAGCAGCAACCGGCAGUCGCUUUGGACAACUCCACGCAGGCACAGAGCCUAGCAGUACCUACAGGUCCCUUCAAUCCUGCACAGCAGAAACAAAACGAUAUUGCUGGGCAUAUGCAGAAUAGGGGGAAGAGGCCAGCCCGGAUUUUAAUGAAGAAUACUGGUGAACAUGAAGACUUUCCUUCAAAGGCUGAUGCCGAAGAAUUCGCAGUUCAGCUUGUGGCUGAAGUUUUCGGAAUACAACUGUCAAGAUCUUCCAGACGGUAA